AUGAUGAUCUUUCCGCCCACUAUACAGGCGAUUGCUAUAAGAAAAACCGGCGGGCCCGAGGUUAUCGAAAAGAUGGCCAUACCAUUCCCCAAGGCUGAGCCUGACCACGUCGUCGUCAAGGUAGAGUUCUUCGGCAUAAAUCACAUCGACACCUACCAUAGAAAUGGUCUAUACCCAAUAGACACCCUUCCAUCUGUCCUUGGCUGCGAGGCAGCUGGUAGAGUCGUGGCCCUCCCAGCAGACCGAAAUGUCGUGAACAUGCCGGAGGAAGGCUGUCGCCAUCGUAAGUCUUGUCAACGGCGGCGUAAUAUUUCUAACUCAAAACGUAGAACCACCCUUGUGUCCAUGCCGACCUUGUCGGUACCGGACACGGUAUCUACGUCGACGGCUGCCUCCAUACUUGUCCAGGGCCUCACAGCCGUGACGUUCAUGGAGGAGGCAUACAAAGUCAAGCGCGGAGACACCAUUUUCAUCCACACCGUGGCCGGCGGUUUGGGGAUUUUGAUGACACAGCUAGCGAAGCACCUGGGAGCGACCGUGAUUGGAACGACGUCGACGUCGGAGAAAGCACACUACGCAAGAAGUAACGGUGCCGAUCACGUCAUUUGUUACAAGACAGAAGACGUUGUUGCAAGAGUGUUAGAUAUUACCAAUGGGGAGGGAGUCGAUGCUAUAUUUGACGGCGUCGGCAGAGAUACUUUCGAGAUGGACUUCAAGUUCAUGAAGCGCAAAGGUACCCUGGUCUCAGUGGGGAAUGCAUCAGGUGCCGUUCCAUCCUUUGACUUGGAGAAGCUAUCCUCAAAGAACGUGACGCUCGUCCGCCCAACGAUGAAUCAUUACAACGUGACAUUCGAAGAAGCGCAUCGAAACGGGCAGAGAUUACGCGGGCUGGUUGAAAGUGGUACGCUUAAGGCACGAGUACACAAGGAGUAUCCUUUCAGUGCUGAGGGUGUUCGGCAGGCGCAUGCAGACUUGACCAGAGGUCAGACGAUGGGAAAACUUGUAGUAAAGGUGUCAUAA